AGCAAUGAUAUUUACUGAUUGACUUACCUACGUAUUUUAAAUAUUCUAUUAGAUUAAAAAUAGAUAAGAAUUAGAAGUAGAAAUGUAAUUGCUGUAUAAAUGUAAUAAAUUCUGAUAUAAAAAUUCUGAAUGUGAAAUGCAAUUACUAUUAUACAAAAAAAAAAAUUUAAACAUUCAUUAAAUAUAAUGUGUUCUGGUGACGAGGUGUUUAACUUAGGCCUAGAUUAAAAUAAAUGAUAAAUUAAGAAUUGAAUUACCAAUUAUAUCUCUCUAUCUAGACAGUAAAUUUCUACUAUCCAGACAAUUCACUGAUUUUGUAACGAAUUCUUAAUUUCGUGGUUAAAAUGGAUGCCAAGGAAGUUGUUGAACAUUUAGUCGCCUUAAAAGUAAUGAGGUUAACGAAACCUGCUUUAAUCAGCCCAAAAAUUGUAACUUGCGAUUCUAAAGAUUUACCAGGAAAUAUACUAAAUAACUAUUUAAAAGAUGAUGCUACAUCAGUUACUCAAAUGGAAACUCUUGCAGCUGGGCAAUUUUUAUUGCUACCACAGAGUUUUGGUAACAUAUACUUAGGAGAAACAUUUUCCUGUUAUGUUUGUGUCCAUAAUGAAACCAACCAGCCAGUCCAAAGUGUUUCUAUAAAAGCUGACCUGCAGACAAAUUCUCAAAGAAUUCCCUUAACUACACAAAGCCAAUCUCCUACAAUGCUGGAUGUAGAUGAAACCUUAAGUGAUGUUAUACAUCAUGAAGUAAAGGAUCUUGGAACACAUAUAUUGGUGUGUGAAGUGACAUAUAUGUCAAACUACAAUACUUUGGCUUCUUUCAGGAAAUUCUUUAAGUUUGAAGUGAUGAAGCCAUUAGAUGUUAAAACUAAGUUUUAUAAUGCUGAAUCUGAUGAUGUGUAUCUUGAAGCUCAGGUACAGAAUAUAACAUCAGGAGCAAUCACUUUAGAACAGGUAUCACUGGAAAGUUCCCAACAAUUUACUGUGAAAUCACUGAAUGAAUUAGACAAUGGGCAAUCUGUAUUUGGUGAUGUUACUCUACUACAACCACAAGAAAGUUGUCAGUACUUAUAUUGCCUCACUCCAAAAGAAAACAUCUCUAAAGACAUUAAAUUGUUAGCUGCUGCAAAGAAUAUUGGCAAAUUAGAUAUUGUUUGGAGAUCAAAUUUAGGUGAGAAAGGCAGGUUGCAGACUAGCCAGUUGCAGAGGAUGACUCCUGAUUAUGGUGACAUUAGAGUAACCUAUGAAAACCUUCCUAGCAAAGUAUCGGUUGAUGAACCCUUCACCUUCAAGUGCAAUGUAGUUAAUGCUAGUGAGAAGACAUUAAAUCUUAUUCUUAAACUUCGUUCUUUACCAGAUUCAAGCUUACUAUGGUGUGGAAUAUCAAAUAGAAAAAUAGGUCCUUUAGAGCCUGGAAAAUCUGUCAGUAUAAAUUUAACAGCUCUUCCUAUUAAUACAGGAUUGCAUAGUAUUACUGGUGUGUCUUUAAUGGAUUUAUUUAUAAAGAGAACAUUUGAUUAUGAUGAUUUGGCAUCUGUUUAUGUUAAUUAAAAAAUAUAUUUUAUGAUGUUUUCUAAUUCCAUUAAAGUCACUAAAUUGAAUAUUAUUAAAUAAUAAAUACCAUUGAACAUUGUACAGUGCUAUCUAAUUCCAUACUAUUUGUAAGUAAAGCUUGUAUACUAGGUAACUGAUACAAUUUUUUUUCAUUAGUACACAUUACAUAGAAAACAUAUAGGUGGGGAUGAAAAAUAACCAUUGGAAUGUCAGAUUUUCAUUUAAAAAUAUCUAUUACUUCAUUCUACAUUUUUUUUAUAUAGUUAAUAGGAUCAGCUUGUAUCUUUUAAGUCUGUAACAAUAUUGUCCAAUAAAUAGUUUCUGUUUGUC